UAAUCAUUAUAUAUAUUCUUCUCAUACUCAAUACUCCUCUUAAAGAACAAAAUAAGUAAUGGCUUCCCCUGUCAUAGUCAUUGUCUUUUUCUCUUUUAUCGGAUUUUUCUCAUGUGCAAUUAUAGCUGCUGCCACGUUUUUCUUCAUCAUUAGGAGAAAGCAAAAGAGAACCGAGGAAAAGAAGACUGGUAUUGUUCGUGCAGACGAACACUUGAAAAUAAAAGAGUCCAUUAUAAAGGGACCCCGUGGUUUGGAAGCCAUGACGAUUUCAGUUGACGACGACGUUCAUUUUGAAGAGAUGGCGAAGAAAAGCGAGAAGAAGACUGUACAAGUUUCGGGAAGGAAGCCACAGGACUUGGAGGAAGGAGUACCCAGUGUCUCAAAACACUAAAAAUAAUUUUAUAUGAUGGCUUCUUACCUAUAUCUUAAUUUGUGUAAUAAAAUAAACUUCACCUAUGGCAAUGUUUAAUUUGUGCAAUAAAAUAAACUUACCUAUCCCAUGCAUGAAUAACCAACCUUAUAUAGGUUCAUACAAAACAACGCACCUAGCAGGCCCUCGCCACACAACAUGUAUUCAAACUCCUUGUUGAUUUCCGAAAAUGGGACAUCGUGUGUAAUAAACUUGUCUGCCUCUAUUUCCUUUAAUACAAUUCAGGGAAAUGUUAAUAUGAUUUA